AGAGAGAGAGAGAGAGAGAGAGAGGCAGACAGAGAGGAGCUGGAGAGAGAGAGUAAUGAUCGUGACGACGGUCGUGCAGACAAAUGAACACCUCGGCACAGCGUUUGGGAUAUUCCAAAGAUAGAAAGGCCGACGACUACCGGUGGGUGGAUAAACAAUAGACGGCAAAUCACUUUGACGAACUCGUGGUGGCGCACAAGAUUCACCAACGAGCGCAAACAUGCAAAUACACUUUGUGACUUACCCUUUGUGCUUUGCCGGGCCGCGUUGCAAUCAUUUCAGAGAAGAAGUCCGCUUGAAAUCAUCAAGCUGCCACCUUUAACAGAUAAGAAAUGCAUAAUAUAAAACAGCUGCAAAUAUAAGUAAAGGAGUUGCCUGUCAUCGCGAGAGGGUUUCUUGCGGCGGGUUCGGGCCCUAGGGAGAGGGAGGGGAAAGCCACGACACGACCUUAUCUACCUCGAAAGGUCCAACGUUCGAUCCAUUGAUUCGUCGAGACCCUAAUACGGCGCACGGAACUGACGUCGGCCGAUAGGUCGCCCGUGUCCCAGAAUCGGGCUCUGAUCGACAUCCCAAUACCGAGAUGUGAGGAAUGAUCACGUGGGUGAUGGUCGGGCUGCUUCUGGCUGCGGAAACUUGCGGCAGAAACGUCCUCUCCGGAAACGGAAACGGAAACGGAAAGGAGGAAGCGAAGCAGCGGGAGGAUCUGAAAGGCGUCAGCGCGGACGAGGAAGACAUCUAUCGUCUAACGUGCUACACUUGCGUCAACGUCAGCGAUAACCAGAUGUGCAACGAAUGGGCGAUAGAUACACCGUGUCCGGCAGGCGGUCGUGAUUUCUGUCGAUCGCUGCACAUUCUGGACAGCCGGGGAAAUAGCGUCUUGGUAAGCAAGUCUUGUGCCAGCAGCGAGGAAUGCGGACCAGCGUCGGUCGGUUGCAUUCCCAUGGACACGCAGCAGAUUUGCAUAAGUUGCUGCGACCUGAGCUACUGCAAUAUCGAAUCGCCUACCAACGCCACAAACGCGAUCUACUCGCGCAAACGACGCGCCAAGUCGAAAUCGAAGCGCAAACGGCCCGGCAGAAACGGGGUCGACGCGGCGAUGCGGCUGUACGGGCCCAGCUUGCUCUGGCUUCCCGCCUCGCUCUUCUAUGCAUAUCAUUGCUGAGGAAGCAGCAACAUUAACUAAAUUCGCGCACGCGAAGCGGACAGCGCGGAAAUCGCGCAACCGCGACGAAUCGAACGACGUGGUUGACGUCGCCGUCACCUUUUGAUCGAAUGUUGUUCUCUGUGAUUCCUUCUGUAGCUUCACACUCGCCUAAAGAAUUACUAAAGAACUGACGCCGCCGUAAUAAUUCCGACCAAAUUCUCCGACAAACUUCCGCCAAACUGAUGAUGGAAGGACCAUUUUAUCGCGCUCGAAUUUUUCGCACUCGUCGAGCUGAUCUCGACGACGAUUAUCGUCCAAUUAUUUAGAAAGAAAAUGACAUUCUCUAUUUUUCGUACUAUCGUUUCACACGUUCACCAUUAUUACUUAAAACCGUUUAUAUUUAAUGAAAAUCGCAAAUUUCGACGUACCUAUACAUGUCAAUCGAACACUUGUGUUUCAAACACGCCAGGAAAACGAGAUGUUUGUUUCGGGAAUAAAGUGUCUGUAAAGAAUUGUUUGGGAGUAAUUCCAGGAGAGAUUCAGAGGGACGAGAUUCGGGGAUAGAGCGGUCGAAAAACUUGGCGCCGUUUCGCGCUGUCCGAGACGUUAUUAAUCGGGGACUCUUCGAACUAAUCGGGUCCCCCGUGAUGGCAAAAGGAAUUGUUUUCUCGUCGUAGUAUCGGUAGUAUCGCUAUGCCUCGAAGUAGAAGGAACUUAAGGCACAAAAAGUACGGCCGAAGAAGACUUGGAGAAAAUCGAUAGUUCCGAAUUCGUUUCCGGCGAGACUCGACGACAAUCUAGACACACUAUGCAAUAAAAUCGACUACCAAUCAUACUGAGAUGUAGUUUAUCACGACGAUCUAUGUCUAUAUUUGACACUCUUUCACAAAAUCAAAAGCUAAAUAAACGUAUCGUGAUUAAAAAUAAUUAAUUUAGAGAGUAUAAUAAUAAAACGUAGAAAGAGAG